AUGCCUGUACCAAAGUUGUCCAAAUCCAACAAGCAUGCACCAAGUGCUAAGGAAAUCAAGAAGGAGCAUGUCGAUUCCUUAGUGGAAGAGCUGCUGAGCGGCAACAAAAAACUAACCAAGGCUCAACAACACAAGAAACGUGAGUUGGAAGCUUAUUUGGUGCAGAAGCUGCAACAAUACGAUGAAGAGAGCGAUGACACAGCAACCGACUCAUCAGGUACUGAGGAUUCUGAAUCUGACAGCGAAACGGAAAGCAGUUGCGGUUGCGAAGAUUGUACCGAAACAGACAGUGAACAUGAUAGCGCUACGGGUAGCUCUGAGGGGUCGGAGUCGGACAGCGACGGGGACUCUGACUCUGAAUCCAAUAGCUCUGAUGACACAGGAUCCAGUAGUGAUGAUAGUUGCAGCGAUACGGAUAGCGAGUGUGAUUAUAGCAAGCGCUCCGAUCAGUUUACAGAUGAAUAUACAAUAAAUAGUUAUAGUGAUGAAUCUGAUUAUUCGUAA